UAUUUGGUCUUUACACACCGUUUAGACAGGCCUAAAUAUGAAAACUCAGCUGGUAUGGUGUUUCGCAGUCAUCUUCGUUGGCUCCGUGACCGCCAAGUCAAUUCAUAGUGUCGCCAGGCGAUGUGGUUGCACAUCUGCUGUUUGUCCACCCCCAGAUGCACCUUGUCCUCCUCCACCUGCCCCUCCAGCACCAGUACCACCUGGCCCUCCAGGGCCUCCCGGACUACCAGGCUCUAACGGAUGUCAAGGUCCUCCAGGGAUGGCCGGUUGUCCUGGGCUUAAAGGGCCACCAGGCAGUGGAGGGCCACUCGGGCCACCGGGGCCUAUUGGACUUCCCGGUAAACCCGCUCUUCCCGGUCCACCCGGGCCACCUGGCUGCAUGGGAUUACCUGGCCUCCCUGGAUGUGCGGGAAUGAAAGGACCAGCAGGACCAGUUGGGCCGCCAGGCCCGGUAGGACCAGCAGGACCACCUGCCCUCCCAGGCCCUCCUGGACUACCUGGAAAAAUAGGCUGUGCUGGUGCUCCCGGAUGCCCCGGUUUCAAAGGCGAGCCCGGAGCGAUGGGACCAAUAGGACCUCCAGGAGCUCCAGGAAAACCCGCUCUUCCUGGCCCUCCUGGCCAACCCGGAAGUAUGGGACCGCCAGGUCUCCCCGGUUGCAGCGGCAUGAAAGGAUGCAACGGCAGUCCCGGAGCCCCAGGAUUUGUUGGCCCUGCUGGUCCUCCAGGACCCCCAGGAUCUCCGGGUCCACCAGGACCACCUGCUGAGCCACCGUGCGCCCCUUGCGGUGGUGGCUGCUGCGGUAAGAUGAAUUCCAAGAUAAUAUUUUUAUUUGUUCUUGCCUUCGUCUGCUACGCACAUGCUAGGUCGACAAAAGGCACCAAACGUUGUUGUCCCUGUUGUCCACCUCCUCCACCACCACCACCACCAGUUCAACAGGUCGCUGGACCACAGGGACCACCCGGACAAUCUGGAUGUUCUGGUCCCCCAGGAGCUCCCGGAUGCCCAGGAUGGAAAGGAUGCCCAGGACCAGUCGGUCUCCCAGGACCUCCUGGUGCCCCUGGACCUCUCGGACCAAUAGGACCAAUGGGACCUAAAGGAUGCGCUGGAAGCCCAGGCCUCCCCGGUUGCCCCGGACUCAAAGGAUGCCCAGGAUGUGCCGGUCCACCAGGACCUCCAGGAGCUCCUGGACCUCAGGGAGUUCCCGGAGCCGCUGCCCCAGUCCCAUGCCCACCUCCACCACCUACUCCAUGCUGCCCUGCUCCCGCAUGCUGCAAAACAGACAGAACCACAAAAGGUGCAAUCCUGGCCGAAACGUUCGGAACACUGCUAUUCCUUGGUAGUACUAAUGAUUGUUUCCUAUUUCCUUUAAUAGGUCGCUCAAACAAAAUGGACUUUAAAAUUAUAGUUUUGGUGGUGCUGAUAUCUGUGGUUUAUGUCUCCGAAGGGAAACCAUAUGAAGAAUUCCUCAACAAGGUCUUAAGAAGUAAUCCACUGCCUUGUUCUCGGUCCUGUUGUGAAAAGUGUUGCACAAACGUUUGUAGAAGAGACUGUAUAUUUUCGUGUUGUGCAGCCCGUCCACUCGGCCCAUACCCACCUCCCCCUGCACCGCCUCCCCCAUACCCAGCCCCAACACCACAGCUCAUCCCCGGACCGCCAGGAUUCGCAGGAAUUUGUGGAUUGCCAGGACCUCAUGGACCUAGAGGAUGCCCCGGCUGCGUUGGACCACCAGGACCACCCGGACCUCCGGGACCCCCGGGACGCUCAAAGCGUGCAGCCUUCCCAUGCGGAGCUGGCUGUCUUCCGCAGUGUGCCCCAAACUGCCUUGCAGACUGCUGCGGUAGUCCUCCACCAGCACCACCCGACCCACCUCUCCCAGCUGUGUCAGACAUGAUGAAGCCUCAGCCAGCACCUAUCGUUGGACCACAGGGACAUCCUGGGUCACAGGGUUCCCCAGGAGUGAUGGGACCUGUAGGACCCCCGGGAAUUGGCGGAGCCCCCGGACCUCCGGGACCACCCGGACCACCAGGACCUCCUGCACCCCCUGCUCCACCUGCUCCUGCGUGUUGUGCGGUGCCGCCCCCAGGGAAACUAAACAUGAAUAUCCGGAUUCUGCUGUUGAUUGCCAUUGGACUGGUACUCUGUGCCGCUGAUCCAAUCAAGACCAAAAGGGAUGCGCAAUACAAUUACAUGUAUCCUGGUUCCGAAGGAUCCCAAGGCCCCCAAGGCCCUAUUGGUAACGCGGGAAGACGAGGACCAACCGGAGAUCCCGGACCACCAGGACCACCCGGACCUCCUGGACCACCCGGACCACCCGCUCCACCAGGCCCCGCCGGAAGAAGAUAAAUGAAGAAUUUACAGAAAAGAAAUGCGAAAGAAAUUUUGUACUUCUCUGCAUUUCGUUCAAUGAUUGUUAGUUCAUAUUGGAACGAAUUAAACUGAUUUGAAAGCCAUGAUAAAGCCAUGUGAAAUUUUGAAGGAAAAAAAAAUUAAUAAAAAAACCAUAUCGAA